GUAUUAUCACUGCCCUUGCGUCUCUUUCGAAUGACAAUUUAAUUUGCUUUGUGUUCGAUGCAUUAUCCUUGUCAUCUAGCGAAUUGGGAUAUUUUAUUAGACUUGGAAUUAAUUGUUAGAUAAUUUGCCGAGGCUGAGAACUUAAACGAAGCCUUCACGUCCAUCAAAAGUCAGUAAAAAAUGAGCUUGACAUCCAGGAUUACUGGCGGUGCUAGCUCAGGUGUGAACCAUAAUGCUGCAAAUCCAGGGCCAAAAUUGUCAGGGAACUUUCCACCGGGUACUCAAGAUGCAGCUCCAUCAAAUGCAGCCGCCAAUCAUACUACAAGCUCUACACGAUGUUCUAGCGGUGCUCUAAUGAGUUUACUGAAUAGUGGAUUAUCUGUUCCUCGUCAGAUGAUGGUGCAAGCCCGGGGUGCCCAAGACAACCAGCAUAUUCCCAUACAUCUUAGUUUCAUUGGGACUAUUGGACAGGGCACUUUUGGACAGAUUGAACGUGCAAGCCUAACUGUUUCCACAACUGCUAACCAAGGCACACCCGGUAAAAAGAACUCAGACGUUAGUAGCCUUCCUGAUGGAGGACAAACUCUGCAAGUUGCAGUGAAGCGUGUUUUGCAAGAUCCCCGGUAUAAGAACCGUGAGCUAAGCAUCAUGCAACGACUAAAUAAUCACCCCAAUGUUGUUAAAUUUUACUAUUAUUACUAUUCGACGGCAUCUUCGAAUAGUCGAAGUCAUAGAAGUGGCAGCGGACGUACGAGCUCAUCUACAUCUGGUGUUGAUGUAUUCCUCCACCUCGUGCUAGAGUGUUUCCCUGAAAGUCUGUGUGAGCUGAUAUAUCGUUAUUCUCAGAGGAAUCUAAAAAUCCCAGCUUGUACAGUAAAGGUCUUCACCUACCAGAUGUUAAAGGCUUUAGCUUACCUACAUAGUCAUCAGAUUUGUCACCGCGAUAUCAAGUCAUCAAACCUCCUAGUCAACGAAGAAACCAUGGUGUUAAAAGUUUGCGAUUUUGGAAGUGCCAAGGAAAUGGUGCCAGGGACUGCCAAUGUUUCCUAUAUAUCAUCUCGAUAUUAUCGUGCCCCUGAGUUAUUAUUCGGAGCACAGUACUACUCGUGUGCGAUAGAUACUUGGAGUGGUGGUUGUGUAUUAGCUGAAAUGUUGCGCCAGCACUGUCUAUUUAUGGGAGCUGAUUCAGUAGACCAACUAGUUAAAGUGAUUCGUGUUUUAGGAACUCCUACAGCACAAGAUAUUGCCAGUAUGAAUCCAAUGUACGGGUCCUACAAUUUUCCAGAUGUUCAAUCCUGUCCUGUAAAGUUAUUUUUCCCACAACAUACUCCAGCGGAUUUAUUGGCUUUAAUGAGCAAAAUGCUUGUGUAUAAUCCAUCCUUAAGAAUUUUACCAUCUCAAGCGCUUUCUGAGCCUUGCUUUGAUGAACUUCGUUCCAUUGGUCCACAUGGUGUACUUCCUAAUCGAGUUCGUAUGCCACCUCGUAUAUUCGAGCCUGAUCCUGAGCCUAAUCCGUCCACUUCAACUUCAGAUGCAACAAAUCCAUCAGCUUAUAAUUGUUGGUUACCCGAUCAUCAUCAUAGACACGGUACAUCCAACAAAAAGUCUGUUACCAGUGUUGGCGAUCCAUCUGCAUCCGAUAAGAAGGGAGCAAAGUCAUCAUCAUCCAACUUCCGAGAGAUUCCUGGAGAUUCGCAAAGAAAAGGCCGACCGACAACAGGAUCAAAUUCAUCGGAGAAGUGUACAAGUGGUACAAGUAAUAACAAUAAUACACAUGCCAAUUCUGAGACUAAAUCUACUACUGAAAUAGGCAAUCCCGCAAAUGGUGUAAAUAAUGAUUUAACAACAACAAGUAAACAAUCUCACUUACAACAACAACAUAGUCGAACAAAUAAUUUAAUGAUGAAAGGUACCAUGGAUACAUCCUCGGCAACAGUUCCAACGACGACAGAUAUUUCUACAUGUCAAACAGAAAAUCAAGAUACUUGUUGUAAUGAUGAUGAUGAUGAUGAUGAAAGUUCACCUGGAAAUGUUCAUCUAAAAUCAUUUGUGCCUACAUCAUCUGAACGAACAAAUCUUAAUGAGGUGCGUUGAAAAAUCCCGUCUCUCUCUUUUUUCUAAAAACAAGAAUUCUUCUUAUUCUCAUUCAAAAUUUUUUGCCAACAAAGACACAAACAGUUCCGUCCUUCGUGCCCUCCUCCCCCCCCUGCCCUGCCGUCCUCUUCAGGAAAAGAAAAGAAAAGAAAACUAUUCACAUUUUCAGUGUGUAAUUUGAAGUAAUAAUCAAGGUGAAUACUACUACUACUACUAAUAAUAAUAAUAAUAAUAAUGAUAAUAAUAAUAAUAAAGUGAAAGGCAAUACAAAAACUGCUUUUUUACUUUAACACUUUAUAUAUAUGUAAUAGUUGGUUGAUGUCUCAUUCCUAUGGUGCAUCUUUUUAUUGUUUUUUCCUGCAUCUAUCUUAGUCACAAUGUGUACCAUCCAUCCGUCCAUCCAUCCAUGCAUAUGAUUACCUCUCAUUUACUGCUAUUAUUAUUAUUAUUAUUAUUACCAUUGUCUUUUUGAUUUUUUGCUGCUUUCUUCUCAGUCCAACAAUUUUAAUCCCUUACGCCGGCCUCCUGGGUGUGUCAUCAUUAAUCAUCACCAAUAUUGAGGAGGCACUUAACUUCACAUUCUAUUGUGUUCGUUCAAUCUGUGAGGAGUGAAAAUGGUGUAUUUCAGUGUGAACUUAUUUUGUUGCUAUUCCCUCCGUAGCCUUUGAUUUAUCUUCUUCUUCUCUCGUGUUGUUUUUUCUUUUUCUGCUAUAAACUCACACACACACACAUGCAACACACUACAACCUUUGAGUUUAUUUCUUUGUGUGUAUGUAUGUGGGUGAUACAGGCAAUAACUAAUCGGCUUUGUGAGACUGUGCUUACAACUGCAGAAUGUAUGUUUUUGUUUUGGCUUUUAAAUCGAUGAUUGUCUUAGUAUGACAUGUGUUUGUGUAUGUGUGUGAGAGAGAGUGUGCGCCGUUGCCUGUAUCGUCGUCCUCCUAUAAUCUACAUUAUUAGUUAACUGUUGUUACUCUUAGGGACAAUCUACAUUUCUUCUGUGCAUAUAUAUAGGUGUAUAACAAUUUUGCUCUCUUUCCUUUUUCUAUCCAUUGUCCGUCACUUGCUACAUGGUUGUUUACACACACACACAUACACGUGCACACAUGUACUCCUCUCUCUUUUUUCUCUGUAUGUCCACUUUAAUUUCAUUGUGUUGUCGAAAUAUCUAUUCUUCAGUUUAUCAUAAAUAACACCACCGCCUCACGAAAUACUGCGGUUCCGAAGGUGUUGAUAUUGCCUAUCUUGUUUCCCUCUGUGUUUGUGUGUGCGUAUGGGUUGUUACUCCUCAUCUCUCACUCUCUCUGUCUAAUCGUCAUUGUUUCACACUAUGUUCACUUCGUUUUUAUUAUUAUUAUUGUUAUUAUUAAAUCAAUUCUCAAUAAAUAAAUCCUGAUACGAAUUUUUUUUUAAUAAUUAGUCUUUUCUUUUCAUGUUUAUUGUGUAAUAUAUAUCCCUCCGUGUUUAUCUUUGUUUUUUUUAAACACUAAAUUCACUUCUGCUUUACGCCUAACUUUGUGUUGUUUUUUUUUAAUAUAUACGUAUUACAAAUUAUGUAAAAGUUUUCCGAAAUAGGAAAAAAAGGAAACAUUUUAUUUG